AUGUAUACUCUAAGGAGUGAAGACGAACUUCGAACAGGGAUUGCCGGUGAUUUAAGCGAAGUGAGAAAAGCGAUUGGUCUUUUAAAUUCUUUUGCGGAAAGUGCCCCAAAUACCCCGCGAAAUAGAAUUUGGGGAGGAAAUACCGACUCUCAGAAUCUUCUCCAAGAUUUAAGAGCAAGGGAAAUAGAGUUAGUUGAAAGAGCAGCCAGAGAACGCGAGAACGCUCGUCGACCAUUACCAAGCUGGACUUGGAAACUUGGCGGGGACUCAACAGUUCCCGUCGCAAUAUUUAAUGAAUAUGGUGAAGAAGUUGAAUAUCCAAUCGAAACGCGUAGAAAAGACGCAGAUAACGCAGAAUGGGACCGAAUGUUUUUCACCGACCGCGGAAUUACGGCGAUAGAAGGAGAUAUAGCGAGAGCUUACGAGGACAUUAACCCCCUCCAAGUAGAUAAAGAAGCAUUAGAUGAGGCUCAUAAUAUUCGUUCAGUUAUUACAAAACCAACCAAUUUUUCUGAUUUAGUAAAUGGAACUAUAUUCACCGCACCAAACAAAGACAGCCACGUUGGUGAGAUUACUGCUGACGUAGCCGGUAGAGAUACCUUUGACAGAAAUUUCACUUAUACUUCACUUGGCAUAGAAACAACUGGUGUUAAACCUUACAGCCAUGACAAAAAUCAAUUAGAUAAUGUUCACGAAAUUAUAAAAGAUAUCAACGCGAAAACUGUUGUUAACAUGGAUAAUUUAAAUAAUGGUAAUGGAAACGAGAUUUUCGACCGAAUUGAAGCAAUUACAGCAGCUGACAAUGCUAAACUACCAACUACUCGAAUUACUGAUAAUGCUAUCCAAUUAAAUUUAAGAGAAAAUGUUGGCAAUCCUAACACUGAGGAAGGAAGAAUUACCAAUUUUGUGCUCGGUUCUAAAACUUUCACUUAUACUUCUCACGGCGUAUCAACCGACAAUGUAGACCCAAGAACUCAAAACAAAGCCGAUUUAGAUUUUAUUCAUGUUUUCCGUUCCUUUGGUGCUAAUGGGGUCAGCAAUGAAGCCAUUUUGGCUUACAAGAAAACAAGUCUUAAUGGCAACUAUCAGAUUACUGGAACCGAAGCAAGACAAGCUUACGACCUGGGCUGA